CUUCCUAUUUACAUCUUUCUCUAUUUAAUUAGAAUUAGUAUAAUAGUAUUAAUAAAUGUUCUCUCUCUCUGUCUCUCAAUUUGUACCAUCCCUGUGUGCGAGUGCGAGUGAGAGAGACCCAGUCUUGAGUUGAGUGGCGCACGAGACACCAAAAAACAGAGGUCCAGCGCAUAUAGCGCCACCCCUCCUCCGAAGGCUCCAAACCACAUGCACCCGAACCCAACUCACUCACUCACUCACUCACUCCACCACGCCCACCGUUACCUUUCUCCUCCUAACUCCUAUUUCCUAAUACUACUGUCCUGCGCCUCCUCCUACUCCCCUACUAUUAUUUAUAUAUAUAAUUUAUUGUUAUUAUUAUUGCUGUUAGUUAUUACUAGCGCUGCUGCUACUGCCCAAAUCUCAAUGCCUUUUCUUAGCUUCAAGAAAACAGAGUGAGAAAGACUCAAAAAGAGAGAGAGAGACACCCAUCUGCGUGUUUCUCACUCAAAUCAGGUCUUUGAACCGAAAACGAAGAUUCAGAGUCCAGACUACGAAUUUGUCAGCUGGGUUUUUGUUUUUGAAGCUACAUAUUUGGAUCCAAGCCUUGACUAUCUUCCUCUCUUCCGCCCUUAACGGUCACUUUCAGACGCUUCUUCAAUCUCUCUCUCUCUCUCUCUCUCUCCUAUUAUUUUUCUUUUGUCCUCACUAUAAGCGUUAAGAGUUUUCAUUCUCACCUGGCUCGUUUUUUUUUUGUUUGUUUGUUCUCAUUCUCUGUAUUACGCUUUGUGCUUUUUUUUUUUGUUGUCGUUGUGAAUUUAUACGAUUUAUCGAAGGAGUGCUCGUUUUCUGGUUCUGUUAUUUUCCUUCUUUUUCAUACUCCCGAAGUCUGUGAUCCGUACAAAUCUGGGUGUAAAUUUCAUAAGGGAAGAAUAAUCAUAGAUGUUGACGUGUAUAGCUUGCUCGAAACAACUCAACAAUGGAUCUCUGCAACAUAAAGGAGAAGAAGAUCCGGUGGGUGGGACUCCCAGGUCAAAGCAUGCCAUCAAGAAUCUUACUGCUCAGAUUAAAGAUAUAGCGUUGAAGGCUUCAGGGGCUUACAAGAAUUGCAAGCCCUGUUCUGGGUCAUCGAAUAACCGAAACUGUGCUGAUUCUGAUGCGGCUUCGGACUCGGCAAGGUUCCAUUGUGGGUACAAGAGAGCAGGGAGCUCAAAUUCUACGCCAAGGGUUUGGGGUAAAGAAAUGGAAUCAAGGUUGAAAGGGCUUUCUAGUGGAGAAGGGACACCGGCUUCUGUGAGCGGACGAACCGAGUCAGUUGUGUUCAUGGAGGAAGACGAGCCUAAGGAAUGGGUUGCUCAAGUGGAGCCUGGUGUCCUCAUAACGUUUGUUUCAUUGCCUCAGGGAGGAAAUGACCUCAAGCGCAUUCGGUUCAGCCGAGAAUUGUUCAAUAAAUGGCAAGCACAAAGAUGGUGGGCAGAAAACUAUGACAAGGUCAUGGAAUUAUACAACGUUCAGAUGUUCAAUCACCAAGCAGUCCCACUUCCAACCCCACCUAGAUCUGAACAAGAGAGCCCUAAGAUUGAGUCUGUUAGGGACAGCCCUAUGACUCCUCCUCUGGGCAAAGAACGCUUACCUCGCAACUUUCACCAAUUGGGGAUAAGCUACUCUUCAUCAGAGUCUCUUGAGCACAACCUCAUGCAAUCCCACCACUACAAUGAUCCAGGGGCAUUAGCUUCUACACCUAAACUUUCCAGCAUUAGUGGGAUGAAGACUGAGACAUCUUCAGUCGAUGAAUCUGCAAGGACUAGCUCAUCGAGAGAGGCAGAUCGCUCAGGGGAGCUCUCUAUGAGCAAUGCCAGUGACAUGGAGACCGAAUGGGUCGAACAGGAUGAACCAGGAGUCUACAUCACUGUCAGAGCACAACCAGGUGGCACUCGGGAACUUAGACGUGUGAGGUUCAGCCGAGAAAAGUUCAGCGAAAUGCACGCAAGGUUAUGGUGGGAAGAAAACAAAGCCAGGAUACAGGAACAAUACUUGUAACUUACGUCAUUUUAGACAUGGACAUGUGAGACUGAGUGGGCAUCAUCAAAAAAUCAUUUUUAGAAGCAAAUGAAGAAACAAAGCAAUCAUAUGUCAACGUGCCCUAAUUUUCUUACUUUUAUUUAGUUGAGCAUAUCAUAAAUCAUUGUGAAUUAUGUUUAUUUUUUCUUGGGUUAUUUUUGUUUUCUUUAGUGGAGAUGAUGCCGUGCAAGUCAUAAUAAUAUCUGUGCAUAUAGGUAAGCCUGAACAGGUGGGGGGAAAUGAAGAUGGUGGCAAAUGUUAACUUUGUGAUAGUGAAAUUUAAUUCAUAGUGGGGAUAUUUCAUCAACUUUUUAUCUGAUUUAUAAACAUGAACUGUCCGUGUCAGUAGAUGAAAUAUAUAAAUCUUUGUUUUUUUUUUAACUAUAAAUAAUAUUGUUGUACAAUUGAAUAAAGCCUAUUGUUGUGAUUGCC